GCGGCGGCGGCGGCGGCGGCGCGGGCUGCGGGCGGCGGCCAUGGCGCGGCGGCGGCCCUGCUGAGUCCGCCACUCCGGGCGCCAGGAGGCGGCCGCGCGAGGCGGCCCGGGCCGGGCGGCAGCAUGCGGAGCGGCGAGGAGCUGGACGGCUUCGAGGGCGAGGCCUCGAGCACCUCCAUGAUCUCGGGCGCCAGCAGCCCGUACCAGCCCACCACCGAGCCGGUGAGCCAGCGCCGCGGGCUGGCGGGCCUGCGCUGCGACCCCGACUACCUGCGCGGCACGCUCGGCUGCCUCAAGGUCGCCCAAGUGGUUCUAGCCCUGACUGCGUUCAUCUGCAUCGAGACCAUCCUGGAGUGCUCCCCGUGUGAAGGCCUCUACUUCUUUGAGUUCGUGAGCUGCAGUGCGUUCGUGGUGACGGGCGUCCUGCUGAUCCUGUUUAGCCUCAACCUGCACAUGAGGAUCCCGCAGAUCAACUGGAACCUGACUGAUUUGGUCAACACUGGACUGAGCACUUUCUUUUUCUUUAUUGCUUCGAUAGUCCUGGCUGCUUUAAACCACAAAACUGGAGCAGAAAUUGCUGCCGUGAUUUUUGGCUUCUUGGCCACGGCAGCGUAUGCGGCGAACACCUUCCUGGCGGUGCAGAAAUGGAGAGUCAGCCUCCGGCAGCAGAGCGCCAACGACUACAUCCGCGCCCGCACCGAGUCCAGGGACAUGGACGGCCGGCCGGAGAUCCAGCGCCUGGACACGUGAGGCGCUGCCAGGGCCGCCUCCCACACUCGCCCCGGCCCUCCUCGCACCCGUGUCUCCCCGCCCUCGUCCUGCCGGAGCUGCGUGUGACUCAGUUACGCUUUGUCUUGUUGGGAGCCGGUCAUCUGGAGAGCGGGUCUGCGGAGUGGCCCUGGGGCUGGCUCUGGGAGGCCGCGACCCACCCCACCACCAGGAGUGGGUAGGGGAGGCCCCUAGGUCACCCCUAGGGUAGGGGUGGGGGGUGGGGGUGAGGGGGCCACAGGGUAGCUGGCCUCCCGGUUGCCAUGUCCUCUGGGAUCCAUGUGUGGCCUCUCUAGACUCUGGGCUCUCGGGGCAGGGAGGGACAGAGCGGGUUGGAGCACUCGCUCCGCAGCGCCUGGGCCGUGCCUCCCCGCGGGCCGCCGCCUUCUUGUCUUCUCGUCUGGGGCGCCGGGACAGCCAGCCCACGAGUCUGGCCACGAGUGCGCGGGUGGGGCUCUUUGCUGGGCCUAGACUUUGCAGGGGGGCUGGGAAAAACUGGGGUCCUCUCGGGACAGCCCCACGGGUCUGCUGACGUGUGGGAGGGACCCCCUGCCCUUUCCUGCGCUGCUGAGAAGUCACUUGAUUCUUGCUCACAUGAGUCAGCUCCCCGGCCACGACCACACUCUCCUCCAGGAACCCAGGAACGAUUCUGUUUCCCAGUUCCCUUCCCUCUCUUGACCCUCUGAGGCUGAGCUGCAGGGUCUCUGCAAUCUUACCUUCUCAGGUAAAAGCCACGGGAAAAAAAGCAGAUGCCGCCCACGCUACCAGCCCUGGUUGCAUGGACGUGCGCCUCUGGGAGGGCUGCGCAUGCUCAUUGUCUAAUGCCUGAGAAGCGUUCGAGAGCGGUUCCGUGUCAGUUUGUCUAGGAUGGAAAAUACUUGAAUUUGCUCCAUCACAGCCUUUCGCCCAUGUUUCAGAAGGGGCCACAGCGAUGGACGUCCAGCUGGGGAGUUGUUGGGGGAAGUUCCAGUGAUGCUCGGAGAAGUGAAGCUGCCCGGGGAGGAUGACUUUGGCGAGCCCCUUUGAUGCUGUUGUUCGGGGGGUUUCUCUAUCUUUGGUUUGGGAGUAAUUGUAUCUCUGACAGGGAGAGUUAUUUGAACUUAUCUGAUCUUCACUCUUGGAACUUGUUAAUGUUUACAGAUCAUCCCUCUAGCUCCCGCUGCUUCAAGCCCCCACUAAGGGAGAAGCAGUGCCAGUGGGCAGGGCCUGCAGGAGCCUGGAGAGCCCCUGGAGCUUGUUCUCCGGCCUGCAACAGCUUCUGGGCAUGCUGUCAGGGGAGAGAGAACAUGAAAGCGUGAACAUGGAGAGCGGGGGAGCGCAGAAGCCUCCCUCUCUGCCUGUGGGCGUUCCGGCUUCCUGAAAGAGCUGUCUCUGAUUUGGGGAUGGGGGUUAUGGGUCAGGUGACAGAAAUUCCAUUCCAGUUGCAGAAAUGAUACCUUUGUGGCCUCUGAAGGUUGGGGCUUGGAGGUUAGCCCCCUGCUCCCCGCAUCUGAUACAACCCAGAGCUUUGCUGCGGUUUCCUUGCAGGGGCAGCCUUCAAAUUCCUGAUCUUCUGAGAAGAGCUGUGGGCUACGGUGCAACCUAGCGGGGCUGAUGGGUCCCUCAUCUCCCAGUGCUCGGGCCUGUCGUCCAGCGGGUGUGACAGCCCUCCGCCAGGGCUGUGGUAAGGCAGGCCCAGUCAUGCCCCUGAAGUGUGGGCCUUAGCAGGGAUAUGGAGCAGUUUUUGAGAAGCAGGUGGGCUCUGGAUUUUAUGUUUAUUUGGUGUAUUUAUUUAUUUUGCAUUUGUUGCAUGUGUAUACAUAGUCAAAGUUGGGGUUCCCUCCCUCUGAGAGCUCUCGUAGGGUGACAAAGACUCAGACUUGCAUAAAAUGGGGCCCACUUGGAAGGACCACCCUGAACUUGAUCAGAAGUCUCCUGCUGGGAAUCAUGUUACUUGGCCUCCAUUAAAAGUCUCCUUUGAAGUGAGAUUGAAUAAAAACAAAAAGCACCAAAAACCAUUUAGGGCCGGAUAGUUGCCUGAGUCUUCCCAAGUCUCUUCAGUAAAUCCAGUUUAUCAUCUGGUUCGAAGGAACCUGCAGGCCCCACCCCAAUCUGCACCCCACCCCCACCCCCACCCCCACCCAGACAUGUUGUGGGCUACCCGGAGUAGUUCCGGAGCCUGUGGAAAUGAAAUACUGAGAGAGGCUGAGAAGUGCUGCCAUCCUAGACCACAGAAUGAGGAGUCAGCUGCAUCUGAAAAUCUUUGGAGUUAUUUAUGCCUUUGUAACUAUUUAAUAUCCCUUGUGCUGGGGCUGGAGAGAUAGCACAGCGGGUAGGGCGUUUGCCUUGCACGCGGCCGACCCGGGUUCAAAUCCCAGCAUCCCAUAUGGUCCCUUGAGCAUGGCCAGGGGUAAUUCCUGAGCGCAGAGCCAGGAGUAACCCCUGUGAAUCGCCAGGUGUGACCCAAAAAGCAAAAAAAAAAAAAAAAAAAAAAAAAAAAAAAAAAAAAUAUCCCUUGUGCUGUGAGACCCUUCCAUUGUUUUUGUAAAUAUAUUUCUUUAUAUUUAAUUAGCUCCUGCCAUAACCGGAAGUGGCCCAUCUGGACUUCCCUGUUGUGGUAUGCGGCCUCCAUGUUGUCUCCAAUCGUAGAUGGUGGCGUGCCUGGGAGAGGCAAUGAAGGGAGCAUCGUCUGGGUGAUUGGAAAGGUUCUGUUGCCUCUGUACAAACAAGACCGUUGAGAUUUGGGGGGAUGGGGGUGCUUAAAUGGAUUUAAAAUUUUUUUUAAUUUAUUUUUUAAUUGAGUCACCAUGAGAACAGUUACAGGACUUUUAGGAUCGAGUCUCAUUCAUACUAUGCUCAAACACCCAUCCCUUCACCAGAGCACAUGUUCCACCACCAAAACCCCCCGCAUACUAGAUUUAAAUUUUUUUUUUUUCCAAUUGAAGGAAGCCUAGUUUUGCCAUUUGUCAUUCCAUCUCAGAAGUUUGGGCCAGUGAAAGGCUGUGGCACCCUGUGUGUCUUCAUUCUUCUGGUGGCCUGAUCUUGGCUCCCACAGCUUGGCUCCCCUCUGUGGUGCCAGAAAGAGAGAAAUACCUUGGCUGCAUGGAUGGGAAUUUGUUUCUGGAGAUGGUCUGGGCAAAACCCUCAAGCAUUCGUGGUUUUAGGCAGAUGCAGAUGCUGACAUCUCUGCAGUGAGUUGAUUUUGGCACUGGCUUGGUUGAUAUGUUUCCCUCCCCGAUUCUUCUUUUUCUUCUCUUCACAUGGGUAAAGGCAUAGAUGGAGUUGCCUUUUCCCUGUAUCCAGCUCAGUCACGUAAGCCUGCUGACCCAGAGCAGGAGGGGAGGGACAGAGGUCGAUUGAAAUCAGACUGUCCUAGAAGUUUGACUGAGGUAAAAGAAAUGGGUUGUUAUUCUGAGAAGCAAGCACCAUCUGAGAGGAAUAACCUUCCCUUCAGAAACGAGUGCAGAAUUCUGUCUGAUCUGGACAUCUGUGUCAUUGGACUGAACACACACACACACACACACACACACACACACACACACACACACACACACACACCCCCCUCUCCCCCCUCCCUCUAGCCCUUAAGACUGGCUGACUGUCCCCUACACACACAUGUACACACAGCCCUGGUGGUAGCUGUCCCCUGUUGGAAGGCUUGGGUCAGUGGGUAUUUGUGGAGUGUCUGACUUCCCUGUGUUGGUCAUUUCUAGAGAGAACGCUGCGACACUUGAUAGCGUUCUCCACCCUAGAUUUGUUUGCAUUCUGUCUUCCGUCAAAGCUCUCAGACUCAGACUUGGGCUGAGCCAUCUGCGCUGAGAAGGCUGCACACCUAUGUGAGCUCCUGGAUACAGUGAGCGAGGCUCAAACAGCCCAUCCACCUGUCCUGUCCUCUGAGUGGCCCCAGAGCCACUUUUUAAGAGGUGGGGGUAAUGUUCAUGGUUCACUCUUGGCAGUGCUGAAGGGCUGGGGGUGGGUUCAUGGGUUCAUGCAGUGCUCGGGCUCGAACCCAGGCCUCCUACAUGCUAAGCAUGUGCUCAGCCCAGUGAGCUCUCCAGUCCCUCAGAUCUUCUUGAAGACCCUUGUGCUCUUUGGAAGAGGGACCACACUUUGACGUCUGGCUAAUCUCUGAACCUUUUUAACUGGGUGUGUGGAGCUAAGCUGUGGCCGGUGGAGUGACCCUGGGCAGCCGUGAGACCUGCCAUGCCAUCCGCAUGCAGAACAGCUGGCACUGAAUCGCGGCGCCGAGGCCCGGCUGCCCUUAGCUCACUUCCCAGGAAAUCAGAGUCAACAGGCAGCAAAAGGCAAGGGCCAGAGGCUGCCUGUUAUCUCAGGCUUCACGGAAAGCUGCUAUCGGCUCCAGGCACUGCCCACUCAGCCUGGGACGUUUUCUGAGACACUUUCAGAUUCCAGAGCUUUCUCUAAUCCUCAGGUCUUUGUAGCACCCAGGUAAGGGGCUUGGUGGGCGGGGUGUCCACCAAGCUCAGUGUCCAGCCGGUCUUGAAAGCAUGGCCUUGGUUAAGUGACCUUUUAGUCAUCAUCGUGGUCGUCUUUGGGGAAGUGAGGUCUUGGGUCCAGAAUUUACUCUAGAGUAAGUGUAGGACCACCUUCCCUCAGUGGCCUGGGUGAGAACUCGGGGGACUGCAAGGGUGACUCAUUCAGGAUAGACACGCCAGCCACCUGCCUUGCACUUUCCCUUGCCUGCCUCUAAAACAUGUGCUUCCUGGGCUAGAGGGAUGCAGUGCAGUGAGCACUGAGCCAGGUUCAAUCCCUGGCACCACAUCGGCCCCCCCCCCCCCCAGCCCUGCCAGGAGUGAUCUGAGCGCAGAGCCAGGAAUAAAGCCCUGAGUACUGCUGGAUGUGGCCCCAAAUGAAACAAAUCAUGUUCUUCUCCACGGCUCCUAAGAACAAUCUGGUUGAGAUGGUAAUUUGAAAUAUUUGACAUUUCCAAACUGUCUCUGAAAAAAAUACCUUCAGUAACCGUUUAGAGGUAUGAUUUUUUUGUCCAGUGUAGGUGGUGUCUCAGAGACAAAUCUUGCUACCAAGCCCUAGUCCUGUUUUGUUCAUCCUGGUAAAUAGCAUUUGUAUUCUCAGGCUUGAAGCAGAGAGGUGGUUCCUGACAUCUCUUUGGUUUAACCUGUAUUUUUAUUGUGUUUAGACACGGUUCCUCAACCUUGGGAAUUCCACCUCUCCCUUUUCUAGCUUUCUUACAACAUAGCAGUAGAGAAGCCAGUUACCCACAAACCCAGAGUUUGCAUUGGUGGCAGCUGGCCCAGAGAGUGGGUCCUUUUCCCUGGGAUCUGUGGAGAUAAGCUGUGGGGGCAAGACCACCCCCAGGUUGGCCUCAGCUUGCAGCAGGUGGCCACCAGUCCACCCUCUAAAGCCCUUGAGAGCCCUUCAAAAUAAGUCUUCAAAUCCUGCCUCAUGAUAAAAUGGAUAAAACCAGUGCUUUGCAUUCCAUAACUUGAUUUUGUUUGAUUCUCUAAGAGAAUGUGAGGGAUCAAAACUAUUUGUAUAUGUUGAAAUUUCUUGGGGUUCAGAAGAAACCCAUGGUAAAACACUAUUUAUUAUAGGUGACUGUAUUCUCCCCUCCCCCAACUUAGAUAAUUCUUUAUAUCUAUCUCUUAAGACAGAUAAUAAUUACUUCACCUUGGUGCCUUCGGUGUGUCACAUAAGCACUUGUUAAUCAUGGAACUGAAAAAUUAAAAAAAAAAAGAUGUACAUUUAGUUGAAGCAGAUAACACUAUUUUUGUAGCAUGAUUUUAGCUUGUGUUCUCUUACUAUUGCUUCCAGCAAUGCUCGUUUUGCGGUCUGGCUAUUUUUCCUUUAAACUUAAGUAAAUUUGGAGAAAGAGAGAAAAAGGGAAAAAAAGGCAACUGACAAUGGCUAUUCCUGUUCUCUCUGCUGUUUCCUCCCCAGCAUCUCGUUUCUGCUUAUUUAAAUAGUGUGAGAGAUGAAAGUAUAUUUCUGUGAAAUAAUGAUCUGUAGCAUCGUGCCUGGCGUUUGGGAGCCACUUGCUCCGUCCGGGGUGCCCUGGCUCCCCUCAAAGGAGAGUGGCUGCACGUUUGAGGAAGAACACGAGCCCUGUGCCCACCGUCUUGCCCUUGGUUCCCCAGGGCAUCAGGCCCCGCUGUUUCGUGAGGGGCACCCUGGGAUGCCGUGUGCCUGCAGACUUCCAGAUCCACCCAGGUUGCUCCCAGUCUCCCAAGAAGGGAGCGCCUUGGACUCGGGCUCACCUUCUACACAGCUAGCCCCGUGACUCCUGGCCACCCUGCAGAGGCCCUUCCUGGUUUGCAGCCUGAACAAAACAGCCCCCUACUGUGAGGACUCCCUGGGACCCAGACCCAGAGACCACGCCAGCUGCUCCUUCUGUGUCCCCAUCCUUACGGGACACAGCCAAGGAGAUGCUGGAGUGACUAGCUGAGCCAUUGCAGAAUGAAGGAGGGGACCUACUGAGCCCCAACAUUGUAGCUUUUGUCCUUGUGCCAGGUCAAGAAGUCCGUUUGGGUGGUCAGUAAGGCCUCCCACGUGAUCACUUGUUGGUACUCACGGGUGGCAGGGCGGGGGCGAGGUUGAGAACCUACCUGGUUCAGGGUCGAGUCAGAACACCACCUAGCUCUGGCUGGCUCUCAGGUGUGACUCUGACCCUUUGGCAUAGUUUUGGGGGGGGGGGUCCUAGAGCCUUGGCUCCUACUGGUUUUUCCUGAAAGCAGACGCCUCAAAUUGCCCUCCAUCUGUUUCUUUGAAGGACCAAUUUUUCAUGGUACUUGUCCUGAUUGUUUUCAGUGUCCAAAUCUGUAUUUUUGUAUGUAGAGGGAAAUAAUUUUCUCAACACUCAUCGCUAAUAUUGUAUUAAAUUGUUAUGAAGGAAUUCUUGUUUAAUAAACGGACACAUGUA